AUGAAACAAAUGGUGGGAUACUCAAAGAAAAGGAGCCACAGUCUCUAUUCCUUCUGGCGUUUACCGACUCUUCUCUGCUCCAUCAUACUUCCCAUAACACUCUAUCAACAGCGAUAUUCCCCGUCAUCUUUGCCAAUUGGUGAUGCUGAGUCUCUCUUCGUCGGCUAUAUAUGGCCUUGGUAUUAA